AUGAUUUUGAUUUAUUUACUUCUUCCUAUGAUAAAUUCUCUUGUAACCGUUGAACUUUAUCGGAAAUCGAUUUAUCAAUCGAAUAUUUCCUGUUCUUUUAUUGCUAAUAGUUCAAUACCAAAUCACUCAUCAAUUAACGAAUGUAUUCGUACAUGUGUUAAUGCGUAUUAUUGUCAAACAGCAGUUUAUUUCACAAAUGAAAAUAUUUGUUCAACGUUUGCAGAACCUUGUAACGAAGAUUCAAUAAAAUCAUCGGAAAAUACUUCUGCAACUGUUAUUUGUUACAAAAACGAUCAUCAACUAAUUCCAACAUGUUCUUCAACUGUAGAUCAAGAAACAACAUCAAUUUCAAAUGUGGUAACGAGCUCGAUUCAAGGUGUCGCAUCAACAACAACAACAACAACAACAACAACAACAACGACAACGACAACGACAACAACAAGUACAACAACAAGGACAACAACUAGUGCCUGCAACCUUUUUUCCAAUCAAACUACUUAUCCAGUUGGCAAUAAUCCACGGUCGGUAGCAGUCGUAGAUGUGAAUAGUGAUAAUAAACCCGAUCUUAUUGUUGCAAACUAUGGUUCGAACAACGUCGGUAUCCUUCUCAACGUAGGCAAUGGCAGCUUUGUACAGAAGACUACUUAUUCAGUUGGCUCUUCUCCAUAUUCAGCGGCAGCUGCCGAUGUGAAUAAAGAUAAUAAAUCCGAUAUUAUUGUUGCAAACUCUGAUUCGAACAACGUUAGUGUUCUUUUCAACGUAGGCAAUGGCACCUUUCUACAGCAAACUACUUAUUCAGUUGGCAAUGAUCCAGCUUCAGUAGCAGUUGUCGAUGUCAAUAACGAUAAUAAACUCGAUAUUAUUGUUGCAAACUAUGUUUCAAAUACCGUCAGCGUUCUUCGUAACGCAGGCAAUGGCACCUUUUUGAAUCAAGUUACUUACUCAGUUGGCAAUAGUCCAUUUUCAGUAGCAGUUGUCGAUGUCAAUAACGAUAAUAAACCCGAUAUUAUUGUUGCAAACCAACGUUCGAAUACCGUCGGCGUUCUUCGUAACGCAGGCAAUGGCACCUUUUUAAAUCAAGUUACUUACUUAGUUGGCAAUAGUCCAAUUUCAGUAGCAAUUGUUGAUGUCAAUGGCGACAAUAAACCAGAUAUUGUUGUUACAAACUUUGAUUCAGAUACCAUCAGCGUUCUUCUCAACGCAGGCAAUGGCACCUUUCCGAAUCAAGCUACUUAUUUGGUUGGCUCUAACCCACGCUCGGUGACGGUCAUCGAUGUGAAUACCGACAAUAAACCAGAUAUUAUUGUUGCAAACUCUGGUUCGAACACCACCAGUGUGCUUCUCAAUGCAGGCAAUGGCACCUUUCUGAAUCAAGCUACUUAUCCAGUUGGUUCUUAUCCAUGCUCUGUAGUAGUCAUCGAUGUGAAUAAUGAUAAUAAACCAGAUAUUAUUGUUGCAAAUCGUGAUUCGGAUAAUGUUAGCGUUCUCUUACAUUGUUAA